CUUAUAAAGAGCAUCUGCUUUGGUGACACAGUGUGUUUAAUUACACAAUAACUAUAAUAUUUUAAAAGAAACCAAUGAGUAUAAGAUAUAAAGUGCAAAUAUAAGUUAACAAAAAUCGUAAAAUGUUUAGAGCUGGCUGUAUUUUUCGAAUGGGCAGCACGCUACGGCAGCGCCAACUUCAUACCGGCGUUACACGACUUAAGCGCCGCAAGACAGCUGAGGAGAAGAAAUCCCCUCGAAUUAUAGAAUACUCCCCUAAGAAGCUGCAGACUUCCAAUGCAGCAGAAGCACAUGGCGCCACCGAUAUUUGGCGCUACAUGAGUGUAGCAGAGCUAGCAAAGAAACUGGAGCGGCCUUUGGAGGAUGUGCAGGAGGCAAUGUUAUAUGUGCCUGGCGCGGACAACAUCGAGGCAAACGCCAAGCUGGAGGAUUUGAAGAUCAUUCAGAAUAUCGCAAAGAAGUUGGGCGCCAAAACGCGUGUUGUGGCCGCGCCAGAAGCAGACACUGAAGAAGAGCACAAGGAUCGGGAUGUUUUCCCCCGACCACCUGCUCCGCCAGAGCUGCUAAAACAUCGCCCACCAGUGGUCACGGUGAUGGGUCAUGUGGAUCAUGGCAAAACGACGCUUUUGGAUUCGCUGCGUGGGGCAGAUGUCGCUGCUGGCGAGGCUGGUGGCAUUACACAGCAUAUUGGCGCCUUCACUGUGACGCUGGAGAACGGCGAAAAGGUCACGUUCUUGGAUACCCCUGGGCAUGCGGCAUUCAGUGCAAUGCGAGCUCGUGGCGCCGUCGCCACUGACAUAAUUGUGCUCGUGGUGGCCGCCGAGGAUGGUGUGAUGGCACAAACAAGAGAGGUCAUUCAGCUGGCCAAAGAGGCCGAGGUGCCCAUAAUCGUUGCGCUGAACAAGAUUGACAAGCCCGAGGCGAAUAUUGAGAAGAGCAAAACUGAACUGGCGCAAAUGGGCUUGGCGCUGGAAGAGCAUGGCGGAGAUGUUCAGGUUAUACCCAUAUCGGCACUCAAGGGAACCAACCUGGAGCUUUUGGCGGAAGCAGUUAGCACGCAGGCAACGCUAAUGGGCCUUAAGGCAGAUCCCACGGGUCUUGUCGAGGGCAUUGUAGUUGAGUCCAAAACUGAUCCACGCCGCGGCAAGUUAUCCACUGCCAUUGUGACGCGCGGCACAUUGCGCAAGGGAUCAGUGCUGCUGAGCGGGCUAGCGCAUGCCAAAGUACGCGGCCUCUUCGAUCACAAUGGUGCGCCGCUAACAGAGGCCGCGCCCGGCACGCCUGUGGAAAUACUGGGCUGGCGUGAGUUGCCGCUGGCUGGUGACCUGAUACUCGAGGUGGAGACGGAGAAAAAAGCGCAUGCGGUACUGAAAUAUCGGGAGCACCAGGCGCAACUGGCCAAAGUGGAGUCAAGCAGCGAUGAAAUUCGUAAAAAGGAAGAGGAGCAUCAAGCAAAGUAUCGUGCCGAACGCGAGGCUCGUCGCCUGGCCGGUCGCUUUAGGAUGCGAGGGGGCCAAAGAGUGAAGCAGGUGGAUAAAAACGACGACGUUCCACGCGUGAGCGUCAUCGUCAAAGGUGAUGUGCAUGGAUCUGUGGAAGCCAUACUGGACGUGCUCGAUACCUACAACAGCAACGAUCGCUGCCGCCUCGACAUCGUGCAUUACGGCGUGGGCAAUGUUACCGAAGGGGACCUUGAGCUGGCCAAAGCAUUUAAUGCCAUAAUUUAUGCCUUUGCCGUGGAAACACCGCAGACCAAGGAGGCCAAAGAUGUGAAGAUUAAGAGCUACAAUGUUAUAUAUCGUCUGAUUGAUGAUCUCAAGGAGCAGCUGAGCAGUCAACUGCCACCUGUGGAGGUGGAGGAGCAGCUCGGCGAAGCCAAUGUGCUGCAGAACUUCAUCAUCAAUGAGGGACGCAAAGAGGUUCCAGUGGCUGGUUGUCGCUGCACUAAGGGCGUUCUUAAGAAGGCACAAAGGUUUCGCUUGCUAAGAGACGGCGAGGUUAUUUACGAUGGAGCUUUGGAGUCGAUGCGUCACUUGAAAAACGAGGUGGAUUCCAUUAAAAAGGAUGUCGAGUGUGGCUUGCGCUUUAAGGAUGCCAAGGUACUGCCGCAGCCGGGGGACGUAAUACAAUGCUACACCACGCAUAUGGAGGCGCAGAAAACGGAUUGGGAUCCUGGCUUCUAGUUAAUUGCUGUUGAAUAACUAAUUUACAUUGUUGCCGCUGCUUUUGUUAUCGCCAUUUCAUACAUAUAUAUCUAUAGUUUUGUAU